AUGAGGCUAUGGAAAAAAGCUUCUGGAUUAAUCAAAGAUCGUAACAGCCUUUGGCUUGCUAGCCUAUCAAGACGAACAGCUUUUCGAAAUCCUGAAAUGGAAGCUGCUGUAAUCAAAGCCACAAGUCACGACGAAUUCUCAAUUGAUAUGAAGAAUGUUGACCGUGUUUACAAAUGGCUACGUUUAUCUCCUAGCCAUCUUAAAUCUCUUAUAUGGGCAAUUUCUUUACGUAUGGAGAAAACGAAAAGUUGGGUUGUUGCAAUUAAAGGUUUAAUGCUCAUGCAUGGCGUUUAUAGUUCCAAACUCCCUGCUAUUCAAAGAAUUGGAAGAUUGCCAUUUGAUCUUUCAAAUUUCAAAGAUGGCCAUUCUAAUCCUUCAAAAAUGUGGGGGAUUAAUGGGUUUGUUCGCGCUUAUUUCACCUACCUUGAUCAGAAAUCCUCCCUUCUUUUCAUGAAUUUGCAAGAAAGGAAGAAUCUGCAAAAUUUGGACAGCAUCAUUAAUAAAAAUGUUGUUGUUGAAGGAAGAUAUUCCAUGAUUCAAGAUCUUGUCAUGCUUCAAAAGCUUCAAUUUUUGCUUGACAUGUUGCUUGAAAUUAGGCCACUAUGUCAUACAGCUAUUGUCCCUCUUGUUCUUGAAGCAAUGGAUUGUGUUAUGAUUGAAGUUUUCGACGUUUAUAGCAGAAUAUGCAAUGGAAUUGCUAGAAUUUUGUUGAGGAUUUAUUCAGCAGGGAAAGUUGAAGCUAGCAUGGCACUUAGGAUUGUGCAAAAAGCAACCAUUCAAGGGGAAGAAUUGUCUUUGUAUUUUGAGCUUUGUAGAAGCAUUGGGGUGAAAAAUGCAGCAGAAUGUCCAAGAGUUGAGCAAAUACCAGAUGAAGAUAUUAAAGAACUUGAGGGAAUCAUUAAUGGGGUUUCUGAAAAAGCCUCACAAAUGCCUCAAUUAGUAACUAAAGCUAUUGUGGUACAUGAAACUGGUGAUGAUCAUCAAAAUCUUGAAGAGCAGAGCAAAUUGAUGACAGUAAUUACUGAUCGUUGGGAGACAUUUGAUGAAGAUUUGAAGCAAAAUGAUGGCAUUUCUCAUGCUAUAGUAAAAGUUACACCAACACCAAUUAAUCCUUUUGAAACUAAUUCUUUGAUUCCUACUUCUACCAUUAUUGUACCUGGUAAACCUCAAGAAUUACCAGACCUAAUUAGCUUCUUGUAA